AUGACAAAAGCUUGUUUAUCGCAAUUGUCAGCUUACAAUAAUGAUGAUAUUCCGCAUCGGGAACAAUGCACAAACUCCGUUGGAACUAUAUUCAGUUUGAGAUCGAGGAGGAGGCAGGAUACGUAUUUAUCAUUGGAAAUCGCAGAUCCCGAUGAACUGAAACUGAUCCACGCAUCCCCAAAUGGUACAGACGUAGUCCGCAUUCCUGCAGCCAUCAGCGAUGGUAAAUGGCAUCAAAUCGCUAUCAGUAUACGCGACGAUAGCACCGUUGAAAAUUACGUGGAUUGUCAAUGGUCCAGAACUAACAUCCUCAAAAAAGGUUCUCUGGACAUCCCCGAAGACGCUGAUCUCAUCGUCGGCUACUUAUUUGAAGGUGAUUUAGAGCAAUUGACUAUCGAUCCAAAUCCAUCCGUGGUGAGUCUCCAAUGCUCGACUUUGAUCACACCAAUAAUAGACCCAGGCGGCGAAGCGUCCAAGGCCAAGACCACUCCAACCAAAAAAGCUCAUCGCAGGAAGAACCGCAAUUGAAUCUCCAAUAGAAAAAAGUAAUCAUUUAACUAAGCUUCGAGCCGUGUAAAUUCUUCUCGCAAUCUACUAAACUUUUCAGUUAAAUCUUCUUCAUCUUGUUUCAUUCUGUUUCCGUUCAUACUCUCUUCGAAAUCAGAUCUCGUUGUUCUAGAAUGGCAGUUAGGAUUCCAUUGUGUGUACCUGUUUUAUGGACAAUAUAAUUCUAUUUGAAAGCUAAAUAAUAAUAAUAAUUUAAAAAAUUAAAAUGAAUAAAAUAUGGACGUAUAUUGUAUGGAAAUGUAGAUGGAAUGGUAAAAAAAUUAUAAAUAUUACUACACUUGUUAUUAUAACCCACAUACAGAGGCAUUUAAUUGAAAGAAACUAAAUUAUUAAAGAUUACAUCGGUUUUACGUUCGAUGCUUCGGCAGACAAUAAUAAUUAAAAGCGAAACA